UAUACUCAUAUCUUUCUCUCUCUCUCUCUAAUUCACUCAAAAAAAAAAAUACCAUAAUUCACUUUGUUCUUUCUAAACUUUUCUCUUUUAAGUCUCUCUUGUUUCCUUCGUAUGAUUUAAAGAUGAUGACAUAAAGAGUGGAGUUUGUGGUGGUGAAUUUGAUGCAAACCUGAAUUCUGGUGGUGGUAAUUAAUGGAGUCCUUAGUACCGCCGGGUUUUAGAUUUCAUCCAACGGACGAAGAGCUAGUAGGUUACUAUCUGAAAAAGAAGGUAGCAUCACAGAAGAUCGAUCUUGAUGUUAUUCGUGAUAUUGAUCUUUAUCGUAUCGAACCAUGGGAUCUUCAAGAACGAUGCCGGAUCGGGUACGAAGAACAAAAGGAGUGGUAUUUUUUCAGUCACAAAGAUAAGAAGUAUCCAACGGGAACAAGAACGAAUAGAGCAACAAUGGCCGGGUUUUGGAAGGCAACUGGUCGAGACAAAGCAGUGUAUGAUAAGAUCAAGCUAAUUGGUAUGAGGAAGACCCUCGUCUUCUAUAAAGGAAGGGCACCUAAUGGACAGAAGAGUGACUGGAUCAUACAUGAAUACCGUCUAGAAUCCGAUGAGAAUGGAGCACCACAGGAAGAAGGAUGGGUCGUUUGUCGAGCAUUCAAGAAAAGAACAACAACCAACUGCCAAACUAGAAACCAUACGGAUCGACGUUGGGAGUCAUCCAGUCGCCCCUAUGAUCAUGAGUCAAGUGGAUUCAGCUCUAUCCUUGAUUCGGUUGGUUGUAUCACGAAGCAACAGAAUUUUAUUUGCAAGCAAGAGAUUCAUGAAGUUGUUAAUUUGAAUUUAGAUAGUAAUUUUCUGGAGCUAAUUCCCCAACUAGAGAGUCCUUCUAUGCCACUCGUAAAGAAGCAUCCUUUAACAAGCUUACUGUCAUCACGAUGCCCUACAGAGCCGGUAGCUAUUAUUGUUAUCGAUGAAGAUCAUGAAGAGGAUACAACAAGGAUAAGAGGGUACACCAGCGACGACAAGAACAACAACAAGAUGAAGCAUGGCAGUACUGAGCAGAAAGUGACAGAUUGGAGAGCCCUUGAUAAGUUUGUUGCUUCUCAAUUGAGUCAUGGAGACAACAAAAACAGAUCACAUGAUAGCGAAACACGCCCUAAUCUUGGUGUUGCUCUGGGAGAUGAUCAAUAUAACUCGGAUAUAGCAUUGCUUUUAUCGCGGGAAGAAAAUAAUGAAAUUAACAAGUUGAAGGAGUUCUUAUUGAGUUCAUCAGCAUCAGCUUCUGGAGACGACUGUGACAAUAGAAUCGGAAUUUGCAUUUGAGAAAUGUGCGUAUUAAUGGUUUAAUAAUAAUGAUUAAUAUAUGAGAGACCGAUAUAGAUAUCAUCAUCUAUAAUGCAUGAGACCUGAUAUGGCUGUUGUGGUUAUUAAUAAAAUUAUUAUUCAUGAUAA